AUGAAAACUUCAAUUAAAAAAAAAUUUCGUUUUAAUCCAAUUAAAUAUGAUUUUGAGGAAGAAAAAGAAAAACAUAUAUCAUUUAAGGUUGAUAAGGCAAGCUCUCUAUUACCUCUACUCCUAACGUCAAAGUCAGAUAAGCUGGGGUGGUGCUCAGUGAAUGAAUUAUUAAAUAAUGAGUCGUUAGAGGAGUUAUUUAAUACUUUAUUCCUUCCGUUAGCGUUAGAGAGUUUGAAUAAUAAGUCGUUAGAGGAGUUAUUCAAAUUCUUUGAGAUACUGGCCGCCAAUAAGUCCAGUUUAGUAAUGGAUGGGUGGGAUAACAAAUCAGAUGAGGAGUUAUUCAUAUGUGAUAUAUUUGAAUUAAAAUGUAUAGAAUUAUUAUCUGAUAAAAUGAUAAAUUCUUAUGGAAUUAAAACAGGAUAUAGUCAAUAUAAAGAAAAUAAUGAAUUUGAUAAAUAUGUAAUAACAGGUGAUGGUGUUUCAGUUAAUGAAUUAAGAGAUUUUAUUGGAGCAUUAAGUAACAAAUCAGAUAAAACUGUAGCGAUUUUUAUUACAAAUUCGUAUUAUUCUAAUAAAACAAAAAUUUUGAGUGAAAGUUCAAAAUUAAAAUUAGCUGAAAAGUAUAUCAAUCUUUAUUUUAAAUCAACUAAUGAUGGUGAUGAAAAAUAUGAAGCAGCGAAACAAAUGAUUUUUUGUGAUGAAGAGAAAUCUGAUGAUUUUGAACAAGCAUUUAAUAAUUUAGAAAGAGCAGUUGAAUUGAAUUAUUUACCUGCAAAAUGGGUUUAUUUUAAUAUUAUGGAUAAAGGGUAUUUUGAUAAAGGUGAUAAAUCAAUGGCAGCUGAAUUGAAAUUAAAAAUUGAAGAAGCUGGUUAUAUUAUUGAUAGAAUUCAUAAUUCAGAUCAGGAUUAUAUUCAAAGUUCAAUUGUUGAUAAGAUUAAAGAAACAGAUAAAAAAGAAAUUAAAACUUAUGGAAAUGGUUUUACUGAACGAAUCCCAGUUAUUACUCAAGAUAAGUUUAAUAAAAAUAAAAAGUUAGAUAUUAUUCAUAAAUAUUUAAAUGAAUAUUAUACUGAAGCUCUUGAUGAUUUAUUAUAUGAGUUAAAACGAGUUCAGUAUGAAAGUAAACUUAACAAUUCUUGGAAAAAAAUGGAUGAAUGGAAUGAUUAUAAUUUAUUUAAUGAAGUUUGUAAUUUUUGUCAAUAUUUAAUAAUUGAUGGAGAAGGAUGUCAAUGUAUUGAUAAUAAAGAUUUAAGUAAUUAUGAUGAUGUUUGUGAAGAUUGUAAACAAAAUAUAGAUGAAUAUGGUCAUUUUUGUAGUAAAAAUUGUCAAGAUCGAAUUUUUUUAUGUGGUCAAGCGUAUCCAGUAUUAGUAAAUCAAAUGAAAAAAUGUAGUCAUACUGCAAUAGUUAAAGAAGCUAUUCAUCAUGAUUGUAAAGGAGAUAUUAACGACGUUGUUUUUAAAAAUGAAGACAAAACAUUUAUUAAAGAUCUUAUUAAAGAUGAUUAUGAACCAAAAUCCCGUACUCCAAAUGUUAAAGAAUAUUAUAAAGAUUUAGCAAAUUACUGUUCAGACUGUAAAAAAGAAAAGUUAAAUGGAAUUUUAUAA